AUGUCUGGCAGUUUCCUCUCGCUGCUUUCGCGUUCCAAUGCGCGCAAUUGCCUCACUCCGCGGCGAACGUCUCUCGGCGCGAGACUCUUGUCGACUCUCCCCAACACACAUAUCUUCCGCGCACUCCAGAACCAUGCCCCUGAUAGUUUGGCUGUUGUGCAUAGCGCCUCGUCCCGAUCAUUCACAUACGGUAGUCUAAUUGCCGAUGUCGUCCGCGCCAAGGACGACCUGGAACAGAAAGCUACGACAGCGCAGGGCCAAUUGGCUGGCGAGCGGAUUGCCUUCCUCGCGGAGAACAGCUAUGACUACGUAGUGACUCUGCUGGCGAUCUUUGCUAGUGAUGCCAUUGCGCUCCCACUCUCGCCGUCUUUCCCGACUGCAGAGCUGAAAUACAUACUGGAUAACUCACAGGCUAAGAUGCUGCUGACAACCGAGAGGUAUGCCGAUAAAGGGAUGGAAAUCGUGCGAGAAGGAUUAGAGCAUGGGCCUCUAUUUGCUAUCCGCAAUCAGCUCACAGAGGGCGGCGCAUCGAGCCGCGAGGGCGUAACCCUGUAUGAUCUGAAGCAGCCUUCUUCCGGUGGGAUGAUGUUAUAUACAUCUGGAACCACAAAUCGACCGAAAGGUGUUCUCAUCCCUCAAUCGGCACUGGCCGCGCAAGCGUCUUCUCUACUAGAAGCAUGGAAGUACACACCAAACGACCGACUGCUUCAUUUACUCCCCCUCCAUCACAUCCACGGCGUGGUAAACGCAAUCGUGGCACCAAUCGUAGCAGGCUCCUCAAUCGAGUUCAUGUACCCCUUCAACCCGGAUAAAGUCUGGAAACGACUCGCAGCACCCUUCCUCCCAUCCAACACUUCAGAAUCCGCCAUCACAUUCCUCACUGCCGUCCCAACAAUCUACAACCGUCUCAUGGCUACCUUCCCCAAACUAACCCCAGAGCUCCAAGCAGCCGCCAAAGAAGGACUAUCUCCACGAAACCUCCGCCUGAAUAUCUCCGGCUCCGCCGCCCUCCCAACGCCCACAAAAACCGCCUGGACAAACCUCAGCAAUGGCAACGUCCUGCUCGAACGCUUCGGCAUGACCGAAGUCGGGAUGGCGAUUAGCUGCGGCCUCGAUGGCGCAGACCGCGUGGACGGCAGUGUCGGCUGGCCGCUCCCCGGUGUCGAAGCCCGACUCGCCGAUCUCGAGACGGGUGCUAUUAUCCCAGUCGAAGAAAAGACUUCCAAUGGCCGAGAACGCGAAGGCGAGAUCCAGCUCCGCGGCGAAACGAUCUUCGGUCAUUACUGGGGAAACGAGAAAGCCACACGCGAGAGUUUUGUCCCGAGCGAUGAUGGAGGCAGAGCGUGGUUCUGCACAGGCGAUGUCGCGACUCGGAGGAUCGUUGAUGGAGCCGGUCGUGGAACGAGCGGAGCUUGGGCUCAGGGACCGAUGUAUUUCAUCCAGGGGCGGAAGAGUGUUGAUAUCAUUAAGACUGGGGCUGAGAAGGUCAGCGCCUUGGAGGUUGAGAGGGAGUUGCUUUCACUUCCUCAAGUCACCGAAGCUGCAGUCGUUGGCCUCCCAUCUGAACAGUGGGGUCAGAAGAUUGCUGCUGUGGUUGUUCUGUCUCCUGAUGCGGCUGCUUCAGGUCGUAAUGGCCGAUCUUGGAGCCCGAUGGAUAUGCGACGCGCGCUGAAGGGCUCUCUUGCUUCUUUUAAGAUCCCGCAGGAGAUGAAGGUCUUAGACGCUAUUCCGAGGAAUGCUAUGGGGAAGGUUAAUAAGAAGGCCCUUGUGAAAGAGGUCUUUGGUGUUUGA